AUGGCCAAGGCCAGCGCGCCGCUCCCAGGCAAAGGUCGGGUCACAGGUGUGUCGGGUGAGGGAGGAGUGGUGCCCUUGGGCCCCGGCCCCAGCUGCCUGGACCGAAUUCCGGGGGACCGAUUUGAGGAUCUGAGGAAAGCCUGCGACGAGGAAGGCGAGCUCAGGCGUCAGGACGGCCCGCGUCCAAGGGCAGGUGAAGAGGCAGACUCCUUGUCACGUCCUCCUGCAGCCAAGAGACGGAAAGUGGCCACCAAGGGGAAGAGACCCCGGAAACGAGCAGUGGAUGAACUGGAAGCUCAGAAGAUGAGAACCCUCGUGUCUUCUAUGAGCCAGGAGCAGCUGGACCGUUACGAAGUGUAUCGCCGAUCAGCCUUCCCCAAGGCCACCAUGAAGCGUCUGAUCCAGACCCUGGCUGGCUCGACGGUGUCCCAGAACGUGGUCAUUGCCAUGUCCGGAGUGGCCAAGGUCUUCGUCGGGGAGGUGGUUGAGGAGGCCCUGGACGUGUGUGAGAAGUGGGGGGAAACGCCCCCACUCCAACCCAAGCAUAUGAGGGAGGCUGUUCGGAGGUUACGCUCCAAGGGGCAAAUCCCCGGCAGCAAGCACAAGAAGAUCCUGUUCUUCUAG